AUGGCCUCGCCUCCCCUCCGCGGAACGCUGACAUGGGAAGAUUUGGACGCGUCAGCUGCCUCUACCAGACACUCGCAUCGUCCACCGACGCCGCCGCGGCGCGCGGAAAGCCAACAUGGGCCAUUUCUCAAAGCUUCGUUGGGAUCUUUGAGACUCUAUGCGCAUAUACACCCUGUCGAUUUCACACUUGGUUGUGCGCCCGAUAAUGACCUCGUACUUUCCGGCCCAUUCUCCAAAUAUACCAGCCGGAAACACUGCGUACUCAGAUGGGAUGGGAGCCACUUGACAAUCACAGACCUGCAGACGGUGAAUGGUACAUGGGUGAAUCUGAUCCGACUCGGUGCCCAGGAGGCCCGCAUUCUCGAAGACGGAGACGUGAUACACAUAACGUCCGCUGCUUUUGGUUCGCGCACGCGAGAAGCCUGCGAGUCGAACCUCUCUUUCACGUACAAUGAACACCCGCUGUUUGAUGUAUUCGACGUAUACUCUCAGGCGGGUGGUGUGGCUGGGAGAGCUUUGUCGCAUACGUGA